UGGAAAAAGAAAGAUGUCUACUGCAUUGCACGAAAACAGUUCUACCGGUAAAACACCAGAGUUCUAAACGCUGCCAUCCUACUAUACAGACUGGUACGGUUCUGUCUUGACCUCUGCGACUGGGAUUUGCCCUUGAACUAUCGCGUCUUGUCCUUAAAGAAGCUCCAAACCUUAAGAAGCAAGCAUGACCGCCCCCCUUGGUAGCGCUAGGAUGUUUUAUUCCGUGGACGAAUUUCCAGAACCGGUCCCGACUACAAUCAAAGGAUCUAUCCCGCCCUGGCUGGCCGGAUCCCUGAUGCGGACCGGGCCGGGAAAGUUCGAGGUGGGGAAAGAAGCGUACCGGUACUGGUUCGACGGGCUGGCGAUCGUGCACAAGUUCAACAUCAAGGACGGCAAGGUGACGUACCAAAGCCGCUUCCUGGAGACCGAGGCCUACCGGGAGGCGAUGAAAGCCCAGCGGAUCGUCCUGUCGGAGUACGGCACCAUGGCCUACCCCGACCCGUGCAAGAACAUAUUCGCGCGCUUCUUCUCUUACUUCUUCCCGCCAGACAUGAGCGAUAACGACCUGGUGAACACGUUUCCGAUGUCGGACGAGUUUUUCUGCGUGAAUGAGACCUACAGAUGGACCAAGCUCGAUCCCAGGACACUCGACACUCUAGGACAGAUCGACUUGACCAAAUACAUCGCAGUGAACGCGCUGACGGCACACCCCCACCACGAGCCGGAUGGUACAGUCUACAACAUGGGCUCGUCCUACAGCUACAGGGAGGGGUGUCAGUACAACAUCGUCAGGUUCGACCCUGUGGACAGAAAAAAGUGCGGUCCCGAGGCUACAGUCCUGGAGAACGCAUCUAUCGUCUGCAGCAUUCCCGCCAGUUUCAGCCUGAGCGCCUCCUACUACCACAGCUUCGGCAUGACGCAGAACUACUUCGUCUUCAUAGAACAGCCGCUCUACAUGAACAUACCCAAGAUCCUAUUGGCCAGAAUCCAGGACGUGGGCGUGACGGAGUGUUUUGAUUGGCACACGGAGAUUCCGUGUCGGUUCGUGGUGGUGCGGCGCGAGGACGGGGAAAUCGUCUCAACAAAAUACCUAGCCGACUCGUUCUUCAGUUUCCACCACAUCAACACGUACGAGGAGGACGGCCAUCUUGUCCUUGACCUCUGCUGCUUCGAGGACGCGCGGAUCGUCAAGCUGCUGUACCUGUCGCACCUGCGCAGACCGGACGACGAGAAGUCCUUCCCAGAGCCGCAGUGUCGACGGUACUGUCUGCCCUUACACCUGGGACAGGACGAAGAAGUGAACAACAACGUGGUAAGACUGUCCUACACCACGGCCACAGCCUGCCUACAGCCGGACGGGAGUCUGCACUGCCAGCCAGAGCACAUGUCUAGCAUGGAAAGGGGUUUUGAAUUUCCGACCAUCAACUACACGAAGUAUAACGGGAAGCCGUACAGGUACUUCUACGGGACUGGUCUGGCCGGGGCUUUUACAGACUCCUUGUUUAAGAUGGAUGUUAAGACGAAGAAACUGUGGACGUGGCGGGAGAAGCACUGUUACGGCUCCGAGCUCAUCUUCGUGCCGGAUCCGAACGGCGUGGAGGAGGACGACGGCGUGCUCCUUGCGACCGUGGUGGACGUGAAGGACGAGGCAGGCGCGUUCCUGCUGGUCCUGGACGGGAGGACUUUCACGGAGCUGGGCCGGGCUGUCCUGCCGGCACCCGUCGGGGUGGGGUACGGCCUGCACGGCUGCUACGUACCGGAGGCCCAACCUGGCGAAAUUUUCAAGAAACUAUGAUAUGUUGGUGACGUUACCUAGAGGUUUUGAGGUGCACCUUUCAGGCUAAAGAUGCUUGGAGUAACG